GGCCUGUUGUAAGUUUUUCGGUAUCGGAAGUAGAGGAUUACCUUAUAUGGAAAAUGCUUAAAAUAGCACAUGACGUAUUGCAAAGGUUACGAUCUACGCACACUUCUGGAGAAAUGACCCGGAAACUGAUGCUUUCUGUCACGGAAAGCUCACGAGAGAGAUUCGAUUCGAAUUUCUUGAGAUUGAAACUGAGAUUUAAGCUUGCUUAGAUAUCAUCGCUGACCAAACUUUAAAUCAAAAUACUACUCGCGCCUUUUUUUUGAAUAUAAUUGUGACUGAAUUAAGUUCCUAGAAUUAUUUAUCGCGUUUUCGCUUGUAUUGUGAAUCGUCAUUUGAUUUCGCGACUUUAUUUUUAAAAAAAAACCAGCAGUAUUUGUCUAUAUUUUCUUUUCUGUCGAGAUGCACAUCCAGGUCGAGGAGCGUGUGUUUUCUUCCAUUGCAGAUUCAAGUGGAUGUCUUGGUAGUGCGCUUGUGGCAGGUGAUUCCAACGUACAUCGUAUCCAAGCAGCGAUUCCAAAUUGGUCCACUAUUCGAUGCCUCCCAGUAUCAGGAGCCAAGUUUGUGAAUGACAAGAAGGGAUUUGUGGCAGUUCUGCAGCUUUCAUUGAAGAAGGAGUUUUACCCAUGUGUCUAUAUUCAUCUUGGCUCCAAUGAUGUUCAAGCCAGAGAGGAUGUGUUUUAUAGGAGAGUCACUGAGGUAUGUGAUAGUAUCCACGAGACGAGUCCGGAAACUGAGAUUGUUUUAUGUUCUAUUCUGCCACGAAAAAAGAAUGACAGACGAGUAUCUUCAACAUUAGCGAGAGUCUUCAACAGAUGGAUCCAGAAUGCUAACACCAUGCUAAUGGACAUUUCAGAGGCCAUCCCAUACAUCAGAUUCCUUGGAUAUGGAGCUCAGGAAUGUGCUGAUGUGUUGGGUCGUGAUGGACUUCAUCUGAGUCGUGUUGGUGGUAGACAUUGUAGUCAGGUGAUUGAGGAGGAUGUGUAUUCCUGGAGUGAAAUAGCCUAUCAGCAGGAUGUACAUUGGAAUGAAGACAUACGCCAACCACAUUCAGCAGAGAUUGAUGCAUCAAGCUUUGACCAGUGCCUGGCAGCUGCUGUUGAACCAGUCAGUGACCAGAAUGUCCAGGCCAGCAAGCAGCCUCUGUACUCGGAAAUAGUCCGUUUGCCAGCAGCUGAAGUUCCAGAUGUUACCUCAGUGCAGCAUAAUGUGAAGUUACCAAGGCGCAAUGUAUUGAAGGUUGAUGAAUGUGCUAGAUCAGCCAGACCAUGUAACCACAGAUCAAACAAACAUCGAAGGGCAAGGCGAAGAAAAUUUACGCAACACAGACAGCUGAAAGUUCAAAGAUCUGAGCAGUAUAAAGAUCACGUUGAAAUUCUGUUGACAUCUGAUGUAACGGUAAAGGUGAAGGCAGACAAUGUACAUAGCAUCUGGAUGUGCCCGAAAGAAGACGCCAUUACCACAAAGAAGCGCCUACCUGUCUGCUCUACAAUGACUGGAGUUAAGAAGAUAAACAAGCAGACAUGGUUUGACUGCCCCCUUUGCCCAGUGAAGUGUUCUAGAGAAGAUUUCCUACUGGACCAUUUCUGUCGACGCCAUGUUCCUGGAGGGACCAAAUACAAGAAGAACACUGACAAUUCUUUCUGUCAUCGGAAAUCAACGAAGAGCAGCAGAAGUCAGCCAAACUCGAAGAGCACCAUUUCAACAUCCAGCCUGAACCCUGUAGAAAAAACUUCACCUCCCCAUCAAGAUGAAUUGGAUAUCGCAGAUCACGCCGAUUUCUCCAAAUUAAAAUUACUUUUAUCAAAUGAUGUUGAGCAAAAUCCUGGACCUACCUAUCACUGUGAAUGGAAUAAUUGUGGAUUCAUCGGGCUAACAACAACCAGAAUGGGACAACACCUGCGACAACAUGGACGAGAAGAGGAAUGCAAAUGGGCGCAAUGCAAUGGAUUUCAGCGAACGAGCUACGAAGACCUGGAGUUACACAUUAUACACGACCACUUCUUUGAUGACAGAAUCACCUUUCCUUCCCUAGAUGAUUGGCUGGAAUAUCUCCCAGAAAAAAGAAUCGACCCAGAAACCACUGAUUUACGCUUCUGUCCAAAACACCUGAGAAGCAAGCUGAAGUUGUUACUGUUUGAUGAGGACUACCUGGACAUGCCGACAAACAAAUCAUACACAAUGAGCGACCACCUGUGUACACUGGAUUUUGAAAUAUGUUUCAGUUUGAGCGAACAGACUCCAACUUUGGCUUCCAGCUUUGCUGUUGAGAAAGGUCAACAAGUUCCACCAGAAGUUCCACCAGAAAUACAUCACGUCUUUAAUGUUUGAGGCAGAUUUUCCACAGCGUCUUCAUCCAAUCUACUUGUGUCGGCAUGUGCAACUACUUAAUCUGAAGGCUUGGAGGGAAUUGUAGCUCAGUGCUUCAUCCUUUAUGUGGAUAAACAAAAGGGAACCAGAAGGAUCGAUCUAAAGACAUUCUUUUCAUAAAUCUGUUGGUGUCAAACAAUAUAAUUUUGAUUGAUCAGUCUUCUUAGUGCCUGUAGUGAACAGUAUGUAUUGUAUUAUAUGUAGUAUAAUAAUCAAUUAAGUGUUGAUAAAUGUCUUACAAUUAUCGUAUAACCCUUUAUAUCAAGUUUUGUUAUUUAAUUGUAGAACAGCAAAAGAAACAUUUGUGGAUUUUAAAAGAUAAGGCAGAGACUAUGUUUACACUGUAAAUGUUCAACUGGUGAAUUCCAUUAUUUGUUGCAAUAUCUAGAUUUUGAUAAUGUAAGGAAUGAUUUCUGAUUAAAGUAUUACAAUAGGAA